AUGACACCAGAUCCACAGCCGACCGAGGCUCAUGAGCAUAGCUCUGGCCUGUCCACUUUCAUGGAACAACCACAGCUGCUAUACAUCAAUGGAAAAUCCCAACCCAGCUCAGACGGCGCCACCUUCCCUGUCAACAACCCGAUGACGGGCCAACACAUAUACGAUUGCGCAUCAGCUUCUGUCGACGACUACAGCCUUGCCAUCGAAAACGCCUACGAGGCAUACCAGUCAUGGUCCAAAAGAGGUCCUACCGCUAGACGAAUGGUCUUCCUGAAGGCUGCCGACAUACUCGACUCGUAUUUACACCAGGAUGCCGGUGAGAUAAUGUCCCAGGAGAUAUCGGCGCCAGAUUACUGGAUACGAGGCGAAGUCAUCCCGACGGACCGUCCCGGGACGACGGCAUUCAUGGAGAGACAGCCGGUCGGGGUCGUGUUUGGGAUAGCUCCCUGGAACGCUCCAGUGAAUCUCACAGCAAGGGCUGUCGCCUGUCCCCUCAUUUGCGGGAACACAGUCGUGCUGAAGCCAUCUGAGUUCAGCCCCAAAAGCCAGCACCUAGUUGUGAGAGCCUUGACCGCCGCCGGGCUGCCGCCAGGAUGCCUGAACUUCCUCCCUACGAGCCCGGAAAGAGCACCGCAGGUGACCGAGUUUGCCGUCAAGCACCCAAAGGUUCUCCGGGUCAACUUUACUGGAAGCGACCGUGUCGGACGAAUCAUUGGUAGUUGGGCAGCUGAGUGUGUGAAGCAGUGUAUCCUGGAGCUUGGCGGCAAGGCACCAGUCAUUAUCUUUGACGAUGCCAACAUUGAUGCAGCGGUUGAGGCUGUGGUAUUCGGCGCUUUGUCAUAUAGCGGGCAGAUUUGCAUGUCGACCGAGCGUGUGUUGCUUCACCGAUCCAUCAGUGAGAAGUUCAAAGCGAAACUUCUAGCUAAGGUAGCGACUGUGAAGACCGGGAACCAUCUGGAAGAUUCCGGUGUCUCGCUCUCGGGCCUUUUCACGCCGGCGUCAGCGAGGCGCGUCAUCGACUUGGUGAAGUCAGCGGUUCAUGGCGGCGGCGCGAAGCUGCUUGCGGGUGACCUGGAAAUCACGGGUCCCAACAAGACCAUUGUGAGGCCUCACGUACUAGAGGGGGUGAAGCGGGAUAUGGAUAUUGCAAAGAAGGAGUCGUUUGGGCCCGUCAUUAUCCUCUCCGAAUUCGAAACUGACGAGGAAGCAGUUGCGCUGGCCAACGAUAGUGAGUUUUCACUCUGUGCAAGCGUUUUCUCGACGGAUGUUGUCAGAGCACUCGACAUUGCGAGGCAGGUUCGGGCAGGUGCUUGUCACAUCAACGGGCCUACCGUGUAUGUCGAGGCAACUCUGCCUCAAGGAGGGACCGGUGGAAGCAGCGGUUAUGGUCGGUUCGGUGGCAUGGCCCGGGUUGAGGCCUUCACGGAGAGGAAGAUUGUUACCCUCGCUACAUCCAAGCUGAUGUAUGCUUUCUGA